UUUAAAACCGAUACAAAACAGAAAACCAGCACCCAAACCCACUCUUUCGGUGGUUAAUGGCACACUGACUGCAAAGUUAAUACAAGGCCUGAUCAUACCUUCUUCUGUCUUAAAUUUCUGGUACCUCAGAAGUGGGGCUCAAAGAAUAACUCUUUACCCUGUGAACCUCCUUAUCUCAGCAGCGCCAGAAUGGUCUGCUGGGAAACCGGAAAAUGAUUUACUAUCUCAUCUGUUAUCACUAAUACGGGGUAGUCUAGGGAGCUGAAUUAGUCCCGGGACACUUAGAGGCAAGGUCUACAUCUCGGUUUCGGGUUGUGUGUCAGCAGCUUCUGGUUGCCGUUAGGUGAUUACGGUAACCUUCGGUAUGACUGUAGCCGACGACAGCUGCCCUUCUUGGAAGAGAGUGUGGGAAUGUCUUUAGCUGUAGUGGCUGGUGUGUCCUUCCCUGCGUGUCCGUGAUGGGACUGGCAAACCUGAAUAUUCCGUAUUCAAGGGCAGAACCAUCUUUACCUUUGUUGUGUGUAUGCUGGAGCCGUGUUAAUGCCUCUGUCCCUCUUGGACAGUACAGCCAGCAGCAUUAACUCAACACUUAAUUUUCUUGCUGUGAUUAGUGAAAGGUGAGACCAUAGCACUCUCAGCAAGUGGAGGCUGGUCUGAACGGUGACCUCUAGGACCAGUCAGCUCACGAAGUGAUGAGAGUGGUGCAGAACCAUCAUCGCCGCGUACUGUCAGUGCCUCUCACAGCUCCAGGUUUGAAGAGGAGAAGUAAUGGUGCGGAGGUGGUGUGGGCUGAGUGCUCUACAGGGACCCUGCUUCUUACUCUGCUUCUGUAAGGAAGUUGCCACGCUCCUGGCAUACAGACUCUUUGGUAGCCCAGCACUGGAGCCCAUUCAGGCAUGGUGGCAAAACCUCCCGUUUUUAGCCUUUGGGAGCAGAAUAGAGCUCCGCUUUCCCGUUUCCCUUUAAGAGCAAGAGUCUGUCUGAGGUUUAGAUGCCUUAGUUAUGCCUGUAGCUAAUAGCUCUGUUUCAUCGAGAGUCUAGUCGAUGAGGGAUCUACUUUAAAAAGAAACUUGAAAAAGGUUUUGGUUGUACCCUCUCUCUUUCCCCUCACCAGAAACAACCUGAGGUGAUGAGGUUUUCCCUGUUAACACCAAGGGGCUGCCUGAUGCAUCAGCAGCCGUCGGCUUCAGUGAGCCUCUGGGUUUUUACCUGGUUUGAGUAUGGCACGUCAUAGCCUCUGGAAACAGCUACAGGGCAAGGCAGAGGCUUUUUUCUGGGACAGGAGCAGGAAUGUAGAGAACUUACUGCUUUCUUCGUUCUUAGGGCAAAGGUUUUCCUGCUGCUUGAUCUGUUUUUUCCAGGAGGGAGGGGAGAGUAAGGGAUUGGAGAAAAUAACCCUCCUCCUCUUCUUGCAUGGUUUACUUCAUUAAAUCAUCAGCCAUCAAGCUGAUAGCAUACUUGCUACGGUCUCGCUCUGCGCUGGCGUGCUGAGGCAGCAGGGCACAGGAAAGAGAAUGGUUCUGGAGCGUGUUGGGAAUCCUGCUCUUGUCCUCGCGUAGGAAUAGCAGGGCUAUAUGGAGCACACAGCAGAAUGCCUGUGUAGCCUGGUCUGCCAGCACAGGCGGGGACUGGCCUGAGCUGGGACUCGGUGGAGGAGAUCGUCCUUGGCGCGGUCUUCCUGAGCUGAGAGGAUGAAAAUUGGCAAUUGGAAAGUCACCGUCACCGUCCUAAGCUUCAUCCUAACUUCUGGAGUCCCAGUUGAUGUAUUUGGGUGUACGAGCCUGCGAGAGUGUCCACUGUCCCCUUCCAUGAUUUAGACAGCGGCUUGGAGCAUGCAUCACUAGCGGGAUGGUCGGCCACCGAAGCUGCCAUGUCGUCCCUGACGACCUCCAGUGAGGGAGAGAACUCUGCUCCCAGAUUUGUUGUUGGUUCCAGGGAUGAUGAGACAGACUUUCUGGGAUCAAACAUGAAGACAGACGAAACCGAUUUCUUUGAAGAUGAUGAAGAGGAGGAGUCGCCACCUGAACGGCAGAUUGUGGUUGGAAUCUGUGCCAUGACCAAGAAAUCCAAGUCAAAGCCCAUGACACAGAUUCUGGAGCGUCUGUGCAAGUUUGAGUAUAUCACAGUGGUGAUUAUGGGGGAAGACGUUAUUCUGAAUGAACCGGUGGAGAACUGGCCCUCUUGUGACUGCCUGAUAUCAUUCCACUCCAAAGGAUUCCCCCUGGAUAAAGCAGUUGCUUAUGCCAAGCUGUGCAAGCCAUUUCUGAUUAACGACCUUGAUAUGCAGUAUUAUAUCCAGGACAGGCGCGAAGUGUAUCGGAUCCUUCAAGAAGAGGGAAUAGACUUGCCCCGCUAUGCGGUGCUCAAUCGAGACCCUGACAGACCAGAAGAGUGCAACUUGGUAGAAGGAGAGGACCACGUGGAGGUAAACGGAGCUGUUUUCCCAAAGCCAUUUGUAGAGAAGCCGGUCAGUGCUGAAGACCAUAAUGUGUAUAUUUACUACCCGACGUCAGCAGGUGGGGGCAGCCAGCGGCUCUUCCGGAAGAUCGGCAGCCGGAGUAGCGUGUACUCCCCGGAGAGCAGUGUGAGGAAGACGGGCUCGUACAUUUAUGAGGAGUUCAUGCCUACAGAUGGCACUGACGUAAAGGUGUACACUGUUGGGCCGGACUAUGCCCAUGCAGAGGCUCGCAAAUCCCCUGCUUUGGAUGGGAAGGUUGAACGGGACAGCGAAGGGAAAGAAAUCCGUUACCCAGUCAUGCUGACUGCCAUGGAGAAGCUGGUUGCCCGGAAAGUCUGUGUAGCCUUUAAGCAAACAGUGUGCGGGUUUGACCUCCUGCGGGCAAACGGACACUCUUUCGUGUGCGAUGUGAAUGGCUUCAGUUUUGUGAAGAACUCUAUGAAGUAUUAUGAUGACUGUGCCAAAAUCCUCGGAAAUAUAAUCAUGCGGGAAUUGGCUCCCCAGUUUCACAUUCCCUGGUCCAUCCCAACAGAGGCAGAAGACAUUCCCAUUGUCCCCACAACUUCAGGCACCAUGAUGGAGCUUCGUUGUGUUAUUGCAGUCAUCCGGCAUGGAGACCGCACCCCAAAGCAGAAGAUGAAGAUGGAAGUUAAACAUCCCCGGUUCUUUGAACUAUUUGAGAAAUAUGAUGGCUACAAGACAGGGAAGUUGAAGCUGAAGAAACCAGAACAGCUACAGGAGGUGCUGGACAUUGCGCGGCAGCUUGUGGUGGACCUGGGAACCCACAGCGAUUGCGAGAUUGAGGAGAGGAAAUCCAAACUGGAACAGCUGAAGAGCGUCUUGGAGAUGUAUGGACAUUUUUCUGGCAUUAACCGUAAGGUUCAGUUGACCUACCUGCCUCAUGGACAUCCAAAAGCUGCAAGUGAAGAUGAAGAAGCUCGCCGAGAAUCUUCCCCAUCCCUUCUCCUGGUGCUUAAAUGGGGUGGAGAGCUGACACCAGCAGGCAGAGUCCAGGCAGAAGAGCUGGGGCGAGCCUUUCGCUGUAUGUACCCUGGGGGCCAAGGUGAUUACGCUGGUUUCCCUGGAUGCGGCUUGCUCAGACUGCACAGCACCUACCGUCAUGAUCUCAAGAUCUACGCCUCGGACGAGGGACGUGUUCAGAUGACAGCAGCAGCUUUUGCAAAGGGUCUGCUGGCCCUGGAAGGAGAGCUGACCCCCAUCCUGGUGCAAAUGGUGAAAAGUGCCAACAUGAACGGUCUCCUGGACAGUGACAGUGAUUCCCUUAGCAGCUGUCAACACAGGGUGAAGGCACGACUGCAUGAAAUCAUGCAGAAGGAUGCCGAGUUCUGUGAAGAGGAUUACGAAAAGCUAGCACCUACAGGCAGUGCUUCUCUGCUCAACUCCAUGACAUUUAUCCAGAACCCGGUAGAGGUCUGUAACCAGGUGUUCACCCUGAUUGAGAACCUCACGUCCCAGAUACGAAAACGUCUGGAAGACCCAAAAUCUGCAGACCUGCAGCUGUACCACAGUGAGACUUUAGAACUGAUGCUGCAACGCUGGAGUAAGCUGGAGCGAGAUUUCCGCAUGAAGAAUGGGCGUUACGACAUCAGCAAGAUCCCUGAUAUCUAUGACUGCAUCAAGUAUGACGUACAGCACAACUGUACACUGAAGCUGGAAGGCACAGCUGAACUCUUCAAACUCUCCAAAGCCCUGGCAGAUGUGAUCAUACCCCAGGAAUAUGGGAUUAAUAAGGAGGAAAAACUGGAGAUUGCUAUUGGCUUUUGUCUUCCUCUCAUUAAAAAGAUCCAGUUGGACCUACAGAGAACCCAUGAAGAUGAGUCUGUCAACAAACUACAUCCCUUGUACUCAAGAGGAGUUCUGUCACCAGGUCGCCACGUUCGGACGCGGCUCUACUUCACCAGUGAGAGCCACGUGCACUCUCUGCUCAGUAUCUUCCGCUAUGGGGGGCUCCUGGAUGAAAACAAAGACCAGCAGUGGAAGAGAGCCAUGGACUAUUUGAGUGCUAUCUCAGAGCUGAACUACAUGACCCAGAUUGUUAUCAUGCUCUACGAGGACAACAACAAGGACCCGUCUUCAGAAGAGCGUUUCCACGUGGAGCUGCAUUUCAGCCCUGGCGUGAAAGGCUGUGAGGAGGACAGAAACGUGCCCACGGGGUUCGGCUUUCGCCCUGCCUCGUCAGAGAAUGAGGACAAGAAAGCCGAUCAAGGCAGCAUGGAGGACCUCUCCAAAGAGAAGAGCAUUGAUGAGCCAGACCACGCACAGCAAAGGUCUCCGCAGCCUUCUGAGCCCGUCAGCCUUCAGCGCAGAUCUCCGCUGAUCAGGAACAGGAAGACAGGGUCCAUGGAGGUGCUAUCUGAAUCUUCUUCCAAAUCAGGAGGUUAUCGCCUCUUCAGCACUUAUUCCAGGCAGUCUUCUGAGAUGAAGCAAAGUGGCUUAGGGUCACAAUGCACCGGCCUGUUUAGCACCACUGUGCUGGGAGGCUCCUCCAGUGCCCCCAACCUCCAGGACUACGCACGCAGCCAUGGCAAAAAGUUUGCCAGCAGCCUGACAUACAAAGACGAGCUCUUGUCUAUGCCAGCCGUAAAACGAUUUUCUGUGUCGUUUGCAAAGCAUCCGACUAAUGAUGCGUUUGAGCACCACCACGUUGCCCAGUUGCUGCGCCGUUUUUCCUCUGACUAUGCCACGAGCCGGAACGUCUCCCUGGAUGCCGCUCUAGCCCAUCACCUCCAGCAGUGCUCCUACCACCUGCGCCUCUUCAGGAGCUGGCUGAUCUCAGGGCAGGAUGACUUGGAGUGUCUUUACGGUUUUGAAGGCUGUUCCAUGGUUCCCACCAUUUAUCCCCUGGAGACCCUGCACAACUCCCUCUCUUUGCGACAGGUCAACGAGUUCCUGACGGCUGUGUGCAGGAGUUGCAGCGAAUCGCAUGUCCAGUCUACCGCAGCUCUGUUUGAUUCAAUGAUUGGCAGCCAGAUACCAGGAGACCCCUUUAUGUCCCAGCGAAUCCUGUCAUCAUCCUCUUUGCCGUUGCGCCAGCGUUCGGAUAAGCCCCCUUGGUACAGCAGUGGCCCCUCCAGUACGGUCUCCAGUGCAGGCCCGUCCUCCCCAACCUCUGUGGACAACUGCGCUCGUUUCAGCUUCACUGAGAAACUUUCCAUCAGUCCCCCAAAAAGUGAGGAGCAGCUGACUAGCCAGUCCCCUGAGCAAGGAGAGAGACAGCCUCCAGGCAGAGGGACUGACGUGGAGGUGGGGAUGUCUGGGUUGUCAGUGGCGGAGCCAAGUGCCCCAGAGACCCUGAUCUGGAAUAAGUGCCCAGAGCCAGGCAGGGUCCUGGAGCUGUGCAAGGAAGAGCUGGCGGAGGACCGUUACCCAGAGGAGAAGAGCAUGGUGGAGCUGGAUGAAGAAGAAUCAGCUGGGGAAAUGUUAGAGCCAAGUAACACAGGGAACCCAAAGUGUGGUACAGGGUCUGAUAUAAGGCUGGCAGGGGAAAGAGUGAAGCCAGGCAACGGGUACACAGGGGGAAUGACUGUCCUGGAUCAGUCAGGGCUGUCCAAGGAGACCUUGGUGCCCUGUGAAGAGGAGCUGCUGGGAGAGGUGUUGGAUCCAGAGCAUAUUCAGGGCAAGGAGCUGCUGGGGGACAGUGGUCUGUCAAGCCAGCGUCUGUUUGGUCACCCGUGCCAGGUGCAGCCACUGCCUCCUGAGAAAAGCGUGGAGGAGCUGCAGCCGCUGUGUCAGGAGGAUCAGCAGAAUUAGCAGCUCACUGGACAGCACACUGCUAGCGCUUCUAGCCUGGAGACUUCAUGCACAGCACCUCAUGCAGCUGGCUGUCCACAGCACAGAACAAGCCAUGUCCCAAGGCCACAGGACUCUGAGGUGUGGAAGAUUCUGCUCUGCUCCUCCACAAGCCAGCCCUUUGCCAUUUGGCAAGAGACAAUGCCCCAUCUGCCUUGUUAAAUGAACAACAAAUGCAGUCUUGGUACCGGCAUGGCACCUCCACGGAGCAGGGACAUGGGGCUGCAUUGGUGUCCCAAGGGCUGUGUGCUCGCCGGGACAGCAGAGUUAGAGGAUUGGUACAGCCAAGGCUUUUGGGGUGGUAAGUCCAAAGGGGACAGAUGCUGCCUUGAGAUUAUUUGGCUCAUAGCCUUUAGGGAAAGGCACUCUGGGCCCAAAGUAAGCAGAUCCACCACAACCACCAACCUCCUCUCUGUUCCUACCUUCUUCCUCUCUCUCAGUUCCCAGCACUGGCCACCAAAAACAGGUCCUGCGGGUCCAUGGCAGGAAGACUAGGAGAAGCAGAAAGCGUUCUGGAUGAGUGGGGGAAGGAGAGUAAUGAGGGGAUCAGGUUCAAGGCCGACACUUGCAAGAAAAAUGUCUCUUUGGUGUGGACUUGAAUGCUUUCUUCCUGGUCUGAGGCAGGCAGGAGCCUGGGGAUCCUGCCUGAGAGAGGUGGGCAGGGAGGAUACACACGGGUUUGUUUUUUUUCUCGUCCCCAAGGGUCAGGCAGGGUACAGCUCUGAAGUCUUGGUGACAGAAAUUAAAAGAAAUUGCUAUUUGAACAAAUCAGGAUUAUUAGAAACCAAUAAGGAGAAAUCUUUAUUAUAUAUAAAAUGAAAAGUAUUUAAUACAUAUUUAUGUAAAUGACUUGUGAGCACAAGCCUGAGGGCAAGAUUGACACGAAUGUCCCUGCUGCAUCCUGAGUGCGGGCCAGGGCUGUGCCUCCUGCGCCUCCUGUAUUUAUGGACAAGUCUGCGUGUUUGUCUGUAGCUAGGUUCCGUGUUUUUGUGAAGCUGUGCCCAAAGAUCUCCGCGCUGUGUUGUGACGAUGUGUGUUCACAGUAAAUCUAUGCUGUGGGU